AUGCUCUCCUCGAAGGAAAAUAUAUCGGAGUUCCUGGCUUUUGCUCCAGGCUGUAAUGAGGGCAUCGCCUUGAAGUUCCUAGAGAAGGCAAACACUCUCGACGAGGCUGUGGGCCAGUAUUAUGACAAUCCUGACAAAUACUCACACGCCUCAACUAAGCAGGAUGAAAAUUCUCAAGCGCGUUACAACAUGCCACUUCCGCCAAUGACUACAAAUGGCACCGCACGACGAGCUCAUAUGAACGUCUUGACUGAAGCGGAAAAUAUUCGAGCCCGAGAUGAGCAACAAAUGCAGAACUUGCUGCAAACAGCUCAACUAAACUUUGGCAUUUACAAUCCGGAGAUUGAGCCAGAGCACGAUGCAAACCUAUAUUGUGUGUGUGAAAUUCACCAAUAUAAGAGAAGAAAAAUGAAUCGCCUACAUGUCCACGACAUUUGGAGCAAAGCUGUCAUGUAUCCAGGAGAAAAGGUCUAUCACGAUUGCUACCAGAACCCCAUUUUUAGCAACAAUCCUUAUACUUAUUCUGUUACAUCGCCCUACGCAUUCACUCGAUCAUCCUUUUUUGCGAUUCCGAGACCUGAUCCAUACUACCACGCUAGGUCAGUACAUCAGAUUAUAGAGUUAAAUGCGGCUUUGAAUGUAAACGCACAGGCUUUGAUAAACUCCCAAGAACCGAAGGUCAAUAUCUGGAGGGCCGAGGAGCUAGAAACGACAAUGUCAAAUCUAACAAUCCCUGGCCCCUCGAAAUUGUCUGGUUUGAAGAAGGCGCUUUCAAUCAAAUCAUCUGAGGAGAGGACUGCUAUCAAGUUAAGAAAGCAGGCUGACUAUGCAUUUGAUUUGCGUAGCAGGAUACUUGAGGAAGAGCAUGGGAGGUGGUCCGACGAAAAUGAUCGACAAAUUGUGACUACUUACCAGGCAAAGGUCGGCAUGACAUCAAAGAUAGCAAAUCUUCGGAACUAUUACCCUAUUCAGUAUUCCCAUCUACUACGAGCUGGUUACUUCGAACCAAUCCCAGUCGCUUGGGCUAAUUCGGCUUCAAAUCCAUUGAAGUUUACUAUCGACGCCCCUGCUGGAUGGAGAGGCAUCACUCCAAGCUGGAGAGGAUUUGAGGACACGGCUGAAGAACGCCUAUAUUGGGUCUUGAACCAUAGAGAGGGGGAAGGGGUCAGAAUGAAACCGGACAUGAUCUCUGCGCUAAACAUGGCUCGCGCCAGAAUGGCCUCUGCUGUUGAACCUCCUCCAGCAUACUACUCUGCCAAUGACACUUGCCAUAUCCAACAUACCUCGAAGGGAUACUCAAGGCAGGUUAUGCCGGCCGCUUUUCGACCAUUUGACACUCCUGAAAUACCUACCGACCACACGAUGAUUUUGUUGGAUGUUUCUGGCUCUAUGGAUUUCGAGCCAAUGCGACCGAACUAUAUCCAAUAUCUCAUAACUGGCUAUUCACCGUCUACUCAGCCAAAGAAUAAAGAUGUUGCAAAGGCUAUAAUCUGCAGAUUUACAGACGCAAUGUCUAAUCACCAUCAAAACUGGCAAGGGUAUCAGCUCACAACCUUUUCAACUUACGCCCACUGUAUCGGUGUUGUUAAUCACUGGAAUGUCGAUCAAAUGUGGAGGGGUAUUCGUUUUGGGGGAGGCACAAGAGUGAUGACUGGUUGGCAGAAAGUUAAGGAGCUACAUUUUCAAAAACAUUCAGAAUCGGCCACAUAUCACCCUGUUUUCGGAUGGCAGGCUGGGCCGCAAACUCCUAUUCUACGACUACUGCUUUUACUUGACGGCGAGGCAACCGAUAUGGAUGAGUUUGAACUGGACCUUCUCAGUUUGUCUUGGGUUCACGUCACCAUUUUCUUGAUUGGUGUCGAUGGGUGUCCUCAUCACCAUCGCCAUGCCAACGAAUUACAGCGAAUCAGCGACGUCAAUCAUCAUGUGUCUUUUGUUGAUGCGCAAGGCAAUGCCCCAGAGAGAUUUAUUACUCAUGAACUUCUUAAGCGUCAUCUAGGCUAUGAAGUUUCUAUGUCGGAGUUUGAAGAAUUAGAGCAACCGCCGCCAUAUUCUUUCUAG